AUGUAUGAAUUUUUAAACUUGUGUGUUUAUUUAUUUUUUGUUGGUACCAUCUGUUGGAAGUUACCAUCUUUUAUUGGUAAAUUCAGAUUCAAAAACACCAAAAGAAACAACAUAGAAAAAGAUGACUGCCAAUGUUGGAACAGUGAAGACAAGUACUGGGCAAGUCAGGUACUCCAACAACAAGAACAAAUCAUUCAAAUCCAACAAACCCAACUAUACGAACCACAAGAAUUCUUCCAACACCUCCAAAGCCUCAAAAAACCCCAGCUAUUCCAUCUUUACCAAGAAGAAGAACACCCCCAACAACCUCAACAACCUCAACAAAACCAAGAACAAGGACACCAAAAACUCAUAUCUAUGCAACCAAAAGAACCAGAAAAACCACAGCAAUUACAACCACAGCAAUCCCAACAACCAAUUCCACCAAGACCAAUCCCAUUCAUCCAGCUAAUUCGUCAGCAACCACAACAUCAACAACCACAACAAUCACAACCACCAAUCCCAUUCAUCCAACGAAUUAGUCAUCAAUCCCAACCCCAACAACCACAGCAAUCCCAACAACCAAAACACCCACAACAAUCACAACAACCAAUUCCACCAAGAACAAUCCCAUUCAUCCAGCUAAUUCGUCAGCAACCACAACAUCAACAACCACAACAACCACAACCACCAAUCCCAUUCAUCCAACGAAUUAGUCAGCAACCCCAACCCCAAAAACCACAGCAAUCUCAACAACCAAAACAAUCACAUCAACCAAUUCCACAACAACCAAUUCCACAACAACCAAUUCCACAACAACCAACCCCAUUCAUCGAACGAAUUCGUCAGCAACCCCAACCACAACAACCACAGCAAUCACAACAACCAAUCCCAUUCAUCGAACGAAUUCGUCAGCAACUCCAACCACAACCAACACAACAACCACUAACCCAAAAUGCUCCAAUAAAGCCAAAUGAAAUUGAUUUAUCUUUGGUCAAUUCAAAUGGAAAAUUAAGUCUAGAUCCAACUCCAUUGAAUGAAACAGAAAAGGCAUAUAUACGUUUAAAUGAACGUAUCGAACUUUAUCAACUAAUGCCAAAAAAGGAAAUCCCAGGUGAUGGUAAUUGCCAAAUGCAUGCGCUAUCAGACCAGAUAUUUGGUGACUUGGAGCAUAGUGUAAUAAUAAGAAAUAACAUUGUCGAUUGGCUUAGACAAAAUAAAGGUUUUUACCUUCCAAAUGGAGAAACCCUCUCAGAAUUUGUUACUACAAACAGUUGGGAGGAAUAUUGUGAUAGUAUGUCCAAAAAUGGCACAUGGGGCGAUCAUUUAACAUUGGUCGCUGCAGCUGAAAUUUAUAAAAAAAAUAUUUCUAUAAUCUCUUCAGUUGAAUCACAGAGUAGUUCUUUCAUAGAAAUUACUCCAAGCAUUAAAUGCGAGAAUGGAAUUUUGUUAUCACAUUUUGCAGAAUUCCAUUACGGUUCUUUAUGCACAUUAGCUAAUUAA